AUGCCCCCUCGCGCCGUGUCUUACAGGGUCACAGAUACCGAUGAUGACCCCCAUGACCCACCCGAGACGUUUAUCUUCAUUGCACGGGCUUCAGAAUACGCUUCAGAUGCUACAAGUACCUACAUCCAUCUCCAGAGGUGCACAUACAGUGCACUCGGGCGGUACGCGAUGCAAUAUGGUAUCACGGCCGGCAGCUUGAUUAGAGAUCUCCACAUUGUCCAAGACCCCAGGAUGCAGCUCAACGAGCACAAUCUCAAUGAUAUGAGAGGGUACAUACGCGAAUCAUCCAGAACAAAUGGGAGGAUCUGCUUGGUUGUCGUUGGUUGGAGCGGGUUCACCACCCACGCGAGAUCUUUUGAGACACUGUUCAACAUGGUCUUCUCGCCACGCGAGUGUGUUCGCUUACUGGUGUUCGCUGAUGGCCAGUUUUAUCCUAUUUACGUCGAGACCGUCCUGGAUUACCUGUGUGGAUUGUCGAUGCCGCUGUCUCAGGGUGACCCGACUACCAGGUUCACAGCGCAGUUUUUGGGAUCUACGGAAAAUGCCUCGAAUUGCAGGCCCAGCUCGUCGAGAUGA